AUGAACAUUAGCCCCUCAUCCUCUUCUCCACCAAAAAUACAUCGCGAUAAUCCCGCGAUCUACUCCAGCAGCAACCCAGAUACAUCAGACUCUUCACAAUCAUCCUCCACACCCUCUCACAGCCCACCAUCUUCUCCCUCUCACGAAUACUCGUCCCGCCUUACCACACCCCGACCGGAAAGGGACGACACGCAAUCAGCCGCGGCUCUAGCGCUCCUAGGGCUAUCUAUGCGGACGUCGAGCGAAACGCCAAGUCAUACAGAACACCCGCCAUCACCCGGAUCAGCCGCACUCUUGGGUGCGAUUGCUAUGAGCGUUACGCUCUCAUCAGCAUCCGAAUCAGAACACUCUAGCGCGGACUCUACCGGCUCAAACAAAAUGUCGAGCGUCAAGAAGAGGAGGUCCUCCGAGUCGUCGGGACAGACGGCGGAUACGGGAAGGAGCAAGCGAACCAAGGGGAGCGAGGAAUCGGGAGAGUGUCCUCCUACCCCCAAGGCAAAGACGGAUGGAUGGUCGGACGAUAUGAAGCGGGUCUAUGAGCAGGCCGCAUUUGCCCUUCCCCCGUCCGGCCGAGAGCAGCGACGGCUCUUUGGCGAUAUGCGGGGCCGGAACGAACAGCUCGGUCUUUGGGUCACCCUCGAGAUCGGGACCUACUGCGGCCGGAAGCGUAUCAGCUCUCACUCCCAGACCCUCAAGAACCACCACAGCACCAAUCCAGAACUCAAGAAGUUCCUCACUACCGACUCCUCCUGCCAACCCACUUCCCCCUCGGACCCCUACGCCUGGCCGCUCAGGCUCAAGCAAAUUGUCCACCGCGCCUACUCUUCCCUCCCCAACCCACCUGUUCUUCCUCCCGUCCACGAGCUGGACCUCGCCAACAUUGCGCUCCCCGCCAUCCCCGUCCGCGUCCUGCGCAAGGACGGUGUCGAGGUGGAGAUGACUCUGCCCGACGCGAUCGAGUAUGACAAGGCGGAUCAGCGGAUGAAGAACCGGGAGAAGAAGCCUAUCCGGGGCCGGCCGAGCGCGGCCAAGAAGAGCCGAACCUCCAACAAUCGCGCCGACUCGUCCUACAGCGGCGGUGGGGGCGGGCGGGACAAUCUCCGCAACCCCGGCGCUCGGUCCGGAUCCGUCUCGUCCAACUACUCUCCUGGACCCAUGUCGGCCCACUCUCGCGCGAUGAGCAACAACGUCCCGCGCGACGUCGACCGCCAGACGAGGUACCGCCAGUACUCGCACAACAAUGCCGACCUCUCCCCGCAUGAGAUGGGUCACGCCGGCCCGUCCGGUCAUCGCGGACCUCCAGGCGCGCCCGUCUAUUGGGAGUCCAGCAAGAAGGGUCGGGACCAGCCCGGUCAUCCCUCGGCUCCGUUCCCUAUCCCCCGGGGCAACAUGCCGGCCAUGCAGUACGGAAGCUCGAGCAAGCACCAGCAGCGGUACGAGCCGUCCGAGGAGAGCGAUGACGAGGACGGACCCCGUCAGCCCCACCAGCCCAGCCUAGACUUUAUCAUGGGCAAGCCGGUCCCUCGGUCCCCUCCCCCGGCGCCCAGGACAUUCUGGAAGCCAUAG